UUCCAAGGCUUCAGAAUUUAAUUUCGUAUUUGCCGGGACAAAGUCUAUCCCGCUUAUCUUUCCUACUUCCGAUUCGCAGAUUCUAUUUUCUCCGUCUAUUUUUAUUCUUCCCUGAACUACUGUAAGUCGAUACCAAUUUGUACUUCGCUCCUGAUAUUAAAAUACAUGCCUUUAACUUAUUUUAAUUCCCAUUUAUUAUUACCACGUGCGCGCCGGAUGUACAUUUUUAUCGAGAAAAUAAAGGAUCAAUAAUCAUGCAAUUAUAAUCAUGUAAUUACGAUUGAAAUACGUUACGAGUGAAAUAUGUAGGCGUUUUAUGUGUGUAUGUGCGUCCGUGUAUAAAUGUGAGUUCACAGGCUUUCGACCAUAAUAUAUUGUUCAAUUACUCUAAUCUAUAUGUGACGUAUCGGCAAAUUCCAUAGGAUGGUAUCUCAUAAAUUCAAGAGCUUGCGUCGCAUACACCGCAAGCUGAGCAAGUAGUGUGAAAUAAUAAGCCGGCUCGUGUUGUAAUACUUUUGUACAUCGACUUUUCAACGUAAAAUGGCCACUCGUUGGGGUAUAGCAGGCGCUGGAAAGAUAUCAAACGAUUUUGUAACUGCUCUUCGAGUAUUGCCGAGCACCGAACAUGUGGUCGUCGCGGUAGCAGCCCGCGAUUUGUCAAGGGCACAGAAAUUUGCUGGCUUGCACGAUAUUAAAAAUGCGUAUGACGAUUACGUGAAAUUAGGGCAGAACAAAGAUAUCGAUGUCGUGUACGUUGGGACGAUACAUCCUCAGCAUUUCGAGAUCGUGAAAUUAAUGUUGAAUCAUGGGAAACACGUUCUAUGCGAAAAAGCUAUGACUAUGAAUUUAAAGCAGACGACAGAAUUGAUCAAUUUAGCGAAGCAGAAAAAGUUGUUCUUGAUGGAAGCUAUUUGGAGCAGAUGCUUCCCUGUAUACGAACGUCUCAAGAAAGAGCUUGAGAAGAAUACUGUCGGGGAAAUUCAUCAGGUCAUUGUGCCUUUCGGAUUUCAAUUGACCGAUGUUGAAAGAAUGACCUCAAAGAGUUUGGGGGCCGGUACCGUAUUGGAUUUAGGCGUAUAUGGCAUACAAUUCGCUAAUUGGGUAUUUAACAAUGAAAUGCCUGAGACGGUGCAAGCUACCGGUUGCUUGAGCCAAGAGGAAAUCGACGUGUCGGUGUCGGCCAGUUUCAUUUACAAAGGGAAUCGCACCGCUACCAUCAUUACUCACUCGUUGGUCACUUUACCUAACGAGGCUUACGUAAUUGGUACGAAGGGGAUGAUAAAAGUGCCGAAUUUCUGGUGCCCCACGUACAUGGUAUUGCCGGACGGAAGUAAAAUAGAGUCACCGCUUCCGCAAACCAAGGGCCAAUUUAAUUUUAUCAACAGCGCCGGGCUGAGCUACGAGGCCAAGGAAGUUCGCGAGUGCAUUUUACAAGGCAAACUCGAAAGCUCUAAAGUAUCGCAUGCCGAUUCCCUGCUAAUCGCCAAGCUGGAAGACGAGAUCCGCAGGCAGGUCGGAGUUACAUAUCCGGAAGAUGAUUGAAUGUUCGAAUUUAAUCAUUUCUAUGGGAUUCCAAUACCGAGUAUCAUAUUGAAUAUUAAGAGGGAUCACGAAUUAUUUUACUGAAAAUAAAUGCAUUAUGAAAUUAUCUUA